AUGGGACACGCACACACUAAACUUACAAAGACAGAGAUACAACAACUCUGUACUAUCUCAUCGUUCAACAAAGAUGAACUGACCAAUCUGUUUGAACAAUUCAAGAAGUUCGACACUGACUCUAAUGGUGUACUGGAUCGCAAUGGUAUCUAUCUACAGAGUGGAUCAAUCGACUUUAAGGAGUUGGUAGUGUCAAUGUCAAUCAUUGGUAAAGGAACACCAGAGGAGAAGCUAGGUUUCAUGUUCGACGUGUAUGACAAAGACAAGAGUGGCACUCUCGAGGCAAGUGAGAUCGAUGACCUCUCACAAACUAUGGUCAGUGUUGGCAAGGAGAUUGGAACACUGGACGGCGAUAUCAAAACCUUUGUCGACAAGCUUCUCCAAAAGGUGGACGUCAACCAUGACCUCUGUAUCACACGUGAUGAGUGGAUAUCACAAGGAUCAAAGUGUCCAUCUAUUCUAACUUUGCUUGGUCUCUAA